CAUUCAAUAAGAGAAAGGCAAAGAGUCAAUGCAGUUUAAAGAAAGUUUGUUCUACCAUAGUCCUAACUUUUAGGUUUGGCUUAAAGACAAGGCUGCAUACUUUUGGAGGAUCGGGGAAUAUCAUUACUGAUAUGAAAUAAAAACUUUCCUGAGCUGUCUCUGGAAAAAUCAGGGCUUUGCGAAGAAGGGGAAAAAACAUUCAAAAAAUGGAGUUCAAUAGGUGUUUGGGUGCAUCAGCAGAAGAGGAAAAGAGAAGACCAGAGGGUGGGGAAGAUGAUACUAGUGAUGCUGGCAGUAGUGUUGUCCAUGAAGAGUUGGAUUUGGUACAAAUGUACCUUACCUGUUUGCCUGAAAGAUACAUGAAAGCAAAAUUCACCCUGGCAGCGUAUCUGACGUGCUGGCUAGUGCUGAAACUCUGCAAGAAAGCCUAUGAGAAAAGACUCUCUGCGUCUAAAAAGGUGUGCCAAAGAAGUGCUGCAAGAAGGACUGCUAGUGAAACAGAAGAUAUUACUUCUAAGAAAAGACAGCUCUACAUCCAGACCCCAGAGCCAGUUGAAAACUAUGUCAGUGAAGGAGAGUUUGAAGAUGAUCUGAGCUCUUCCAUCCCGAGCACAAUAGAGCUGGAGAUACGUGGAUCCAGCCAAGAAACAGAUGAAGAUUAUUUUGAGACCCUAUCACAUCAGAGUGAAUCUUUGUCAGAUGUUAAAACUGAGCCUUAUGAGAGUGCAUCAGACACAGAAUCUGUUGCCAGUGAUGUAACUGGGGAAACUUGCUUGGAUUCAAACUGCCUUUCUACUGAAAAAAAAGAUCUGUGCUGUAGUCUUCCUAAAGCAAAGGCAGAAACAACACUUUAUGAACUUAAGCGCUCAAGGCAACUAGAAUUUAGCCAGCAGGUGCAGUUAGAAGUGUCUUCCAAAACAAAAGUAUCACCAAGGAAAAAUGAACUUUGCAUACAAAUGGCAAAGUCAGAAGGUGAAGAAGUGGGGGAAGAAGAGCAAACAUUAACUAGUGAUAUUUCCAACACAGACAAUCAAGUGAGUCAGCGGGGCAUUGUAUCAAAGACAAGCAGAAAAUUGGUAGUAGAAGGAUUGCAAACUAAAGGAGAGUUUGAAAGCAGUAAAGUGCAAUCCUAUACCAACUCAAUACCUACUGAAGAUGCUGUUACAGAACAGAAGAAACAGCCUGCAGUGUUAAGUAUUGCUUGUUUAAAAGCAAACUCAGAAAGUUGUUUGAUUUUUCCUGAGGUGCAGAAACUUUCUUUCCAGUCAGAUGCAGCACCAAGCUGUAGUUUGCCUAAUAUUCAUUUUGAAACAAAUGGAACUUACCCUGAAAGUUACACUGAGGCAUCUGACUUCAACUGUGAACUACAUCCUAUGUCCAAUAUAAAAUGCAGCAGGGGGAACUCAGUUAACAAUGAGGAAAUCACAGGUAAAAGGAUAAAACAAGGAAGUAUAGAGGCCAUGUUGACAUCAGAUUCAUUCUUUUACCAGAGCCGCCUCAAAUCAAAAUCUCAGCCACAACUCACAAGGUCAGAGAUUGCAGAAAGUAAAACAUGGCAUAGUGUACCUGAAAAUAUAGGUGCCCAAGGCAAGAGAGAGUACGUGGGGAACUGUUAUCAUCUGACAGACAAAUUUAGAUGGUCAUGCUCCCGAAUACAUCUUCAAGGGCUGGAUUUUGAAUACACUUGGAAAAACUUAGGAAGGGUAGCUGUCAGCCCUGAAAAAGCAAUAAAAGUAGAUGACAAAUCUGACAUAAAAAGAUCCCUUCUUAAUACCAGCAUAGACAUAAAUAGGGGUCAGCUUUCUCAACUAGCAGGUUGCUGCCAAUAUGUUGAUUUUAAUUUGCACUCUAAAUCAGAGACAUGUGGCCUUAGCCCAGAAGCAGUAGGUAUGUGUGCUAGUAGCUUAUCUUCAGCACAGAUAGAUGCUUGUGAGUGUAAUCCAAAACAAAGAGAGACUUUAUCUGCCAUGGCUUGUGAGCCAGUGAUCAUAAAUGCUGAAGAACUAAUGAAAAAUGAUCAGUACAAAUCUAAGAGGGAUCUGGAAGCACACAGCUUCACUUGUGAUAUUAAUGUUGCAUCUGGCAUUGGUGACACUGAGAACCCAGUGGCCUGUCUUGUAGGUUUUCCUGAUGUUGUAGAAAACAGAGAUUGGGAUUAUUCUGUGAACUAUGUUUCCACUGGUAGAACACAGCAGAACACUUUGGAGGACAAUGGCCUUGAUUCUGAAUUGUCAGGUAUGGAAGUCAUGGUAGGGAAAAAAGGGUUAGAGGAUUCUUCUAACAUUGGCUUUGGUUGGAAAGUCCUGGAAACUACAUUGCAACCAGGUGGCAGUAACACUGGGGCAGAGCACAAAAAUUCAGUGCAGCAAAAUACGAGUUGCAAAACUGGUGCCUUAAGGAGUCACUCUGAGCCAGUAACAAAUGAACAUCCUACUUUUCAAAGAAAGGAUGAGGACAGUGUCUUUGCUCUUGAAAUGACUCCCAGAUCAGAUUAUAUACACCAGGGAAGGCAUUUAAUGAAUCUUCCAGAGUUAAAGCCUGCCUUGAUUAUAAUAUCUGUAGAGCAGAAAGGAUUACAAUCCAAAACACUGAAUGAUGACCUUUCUACUGAAACAGUAACUGGAACACUGAGAGACCUAGUGAGCAAGGAUUUGGUGUCUCCUCAUAUUGUCAGCAAAGCUCAUGAUGAUCCAGAAAGAGUUCUGAGUGAAUGCUAUAGCUGUGAAGAACAAAUUCUGUCCAUCCACCCCUUUCCUAGUAGUGCAGAGGUACUCCCUGCUUGGGAUACAGCUGAAGAAAAAUCAGAAGUUUCACAACAGCAAAUAGAAAAAACAGAUUUGGUUUCAUUCAUAACAAGUGGAAAGGUGGAAUCUAGGAGUGUUACUGUACCCUUGGGCAACAAUAUACUUGUUGCAGAAGACAGGGCAGGUAAAUAUGAUGAAGCACUCUUGAAAUCACAUAGCAGAACUGGUGUUACGACUUCUGAGGUAGAGCCCCACAGAGCAAGGAUGGAUUUUGAGUUAGAGACAGAACGGUUGAAAAAGUCAUGGGCGGCUGAAACAAAAGAUGACCGGGUGACCAUGGAAGAGGAAUUCAAAGUACAUCAAGGUAGAGAGGAAGACAUGUAUAUAACCACUGCAGUAACACUGGAAAAGGACAGCAUAAGCAAUCUGUGGCAGGGAGAUGGUGCUGAUGAUGACCUUCAAGGGCCCAACAUCACCUCCGAACAAGGAAUAGGCAAGCUAGGAACCAAAGGCUGUAAUGGUUCAAAGGAACAAACAAAUAUUUGUGAAGAUCCUUCUACUAGAGAAAGAAAAGAGGGAUGUGCUGUGGAAGACACAGCCAGCUCUAGCAAAGACAGUGCGCUGAAUCUGGAUGUGUCUGAUGUCUUUAACUAUUCUGUGAAAAGGGAGACCCAUAAUGCCUGCAGGCUAGGCCUAGAUAAUAUAAGUACCUGCAGCACUAACAGUGAGGAGAUGGAUGAGAGCUCCUACCACAUCCUGGGAAGUAACAGCAGUCUCCAUAAAGCUGUGCAAAAGCCAACAAAGAAUGGGAAUACUGGGAAAUCUCCCAGGUUUUUGGUUUUCUCAAAAAUGACAUCUUUCAGGAAAACAAAGCCUGUCACAGCAGAAAAUCAAGGAAGCAGCGGCUUCUUUGGUAGCAAGGCAAAACCAGAAGAACUGGGUGCUGGGAAAGAGGAUGAAGACACCGAAAGUUUACAGUCUUUUAAAAGUUAUUCAUCUGGUUUUGGUUUCCACAGGAAGGAAAGCUAUGCCUCUGAGUAUUCUGAUGACGAUGAUUUAUUCUGUGAGAGACCUGCAGGACUAUUGAACAGAAUGAGCCUGAGGAAGGCUUCUGGCUCUGGUCGGAUACUGAUGAAAGAGAUAGAUACAGAUUCUACUUCUCCCACACUGGCAGCUGUCAAAUAUGCAGAUGGACAAGUUUCAGCUUCAUCUGAAAACAAUGACAGUGAACCUUUGGAAUAUCCAAGAACUCGAAAAUCUUUCCCUGAAAAUGAAUACAAAAGAAACAAAAAUGCUGAGGGCAAGAAGUUCAGGACAAGGCUGGCCUUGGCACACAAAUCCCUUUCAAGCUUAUUUGAAUCCAAAUCUCCAGAAAAAGAAAACACUGAGCAAAGCUCAAGAGUAUCACUGAAAUAUGAAAAAGAGAAAGCCAAACUUCGCCAGAGCACCUGGAAAGCUUUUCUAAAAAGCAAGGAGGCAGAUGGACUAAAAAGGCCUGUCUUGGCAAGCUCAUCACCCACACAGGAGAGUCUUAACACAAGUAGGGACCAUGUGAUGAGAACAACAUCAGUAGAGAGACAGGAUAUUUCCAAUGGACAAGCACUUUUGAAAACAGGAACAGCUAAUGGCUCCUUGAUAGAUGCCAACUAUUCUGACCCCUCUGUAGAGCCUGUUGAUGUCUCUUCACCUGCAGAUAUGUGGAGGAAACGAAUACAGUCUCAUGACUUGGGCAUGAAUUACUCACAGAGUUCAGAUUGUGAUGAACAACAGGAGGCCCUGGGCAACAAUUUAAAUACUUCUCUAGAGGAAUACUGGAUGAAGUCUCCAUUUAGUCCCAGUGACUUGCAGUUGCCUUUUAGUCAGUCAAGUCCAUCAUGUCCCCAGCUCUCAACUUAUGAAGGUAAAGAUAUGCCAUGUAGGCCCAUGAGUCCUAAACCACAGAGUCCACGGUCCACUUCUCAAUGCAAGAGCUUCCGUUAUCCUGGAAGAAUAUGUGCCACUUCAAUGAUCUCUCUUGGGAACAGCACUGCAGUUGACAGCAAUUUGGAAGCUCCUGAGAGACCAAAGACACUGAAACCUAGAGGUAGUCUUUUACUUUCUGUACACUCGUUGGACAAUGAAUACCAGAAGGAUGACAGUGGGAUAAGCAGUCAGUCCCAGAUCAGCUUAAACACAGCCUUUUCCAUUAGUGACAUGCUCAGAGAUGAGGAGUCUAAACAGCAAUGUCAAACACCACCUGAAAAGAGACCAAGUGAGAAAUGGGUUCCCCAUCACAAAAGAAGGCCCCCCCAGGUUCCACCAUCCCCACACCCUCUCUCAACCCUUGAGAGCAAAGCCCGGAGGCUUUCCUUCCUUGCUCCAGAUGAAAAAGCCAAGGAGAUUCCAGAGAGGAGAAGGAAGAGACCUAAACCCCUCAAUAAGUGCUUCAGCUUCGAUGAUGUUUGGAUGGAGAGGAACCAGAAAAGGAAGCUAGAGAAGGAGACACAGCCAGAGAGAGGAAUUCAAUUGCAGCACCUCCCAGAAGACCAGUUAAAAGCUGGAAUGAGUCCAUCCAUUACUUCUGCUGUUGCCUUUGACAUUCUGCCACUUAAGCUGCAUCCAUUUUCCCAGAGCACUCCAACAGGCUUAGACUGCGUCGGCUGGAAACAGCGCAUUUCUUUUCCUGUGAUCGCUGAUGGGGCUCUGGAUAAGACGGCUCUCACAGAUGAUGUGGGAAGCGAGGAGGACCUGUACGAGGACUUCCGGAGCUCCAGCCACCGCUACGGCCACCCUGGGGGAGGCGGAGAGCAGCUCGCCAUCAAUGAGCUCAUCAGUGAUGGCAGCGUGGUGUAUGCAGAAGCCCUCUGGGACCAUGUCACGAUGGAUGACCAGGAGCUGGGAUUCAAGGCCGGUGACGUCAUUGAAGUAAUGGAUGCUACCAACAAGGAGUGGUGGUGGGGGAGGAUUCUGGACAGUGAAGGCUGGUUUCCAGCUAGCUUCGUACGGCUUCGAGUAAACCAGGAUGAACCUAUGGAAGACUAUCCUCUAAAGGUAGAGGGUGGCAAAGAGGACGAUUCCAGCAGUUGCACCCGACGCUUUGGGAUGGGGCAGACCACCAAAGAUCAAAUGAGGACCAACGUCAUCAAUGAGAUCAUAAGCACAGAGAGAGACUACAUCAAGCAUCUGAAGGACAUCUGUGAGGGUUACAUUAAGCAGUGCCGCAAAAGAGCUGACAUGUUUACAGAAGAACAACUGAAGACAAUCUUUGGGAAUAUUGAAGACAUCUACAGGUGCCAAAAGAAAUUUGUUAAAGCACUGGAGAAGAAAUUCAAUAAAGACCACCCACAUUUGAGUGAGGUUGGCUCAUGCUUCUUGGAAUAUCAAACAGAGUUUCAGAUAUACUCUGAAUACUGCAACAACCACCCCAAUGCCUGCAUGGAGUUGUCUCGACUCACCAAAGUUAACAAGUACGUCUACUUCUUUGAAGCCUGCCGCCUCCUGCAGAAGAUGAUUGACAUCUCUCUGGAUGGCUUUCUGCUAACUCCUGUGCAGAAAAUCUGCAAAUAUCCAUUGCAACUGGCUGAACUGCUCAAGUACACCAACCCCCAACACAGGGAUUUUAAAGAUGUCGAAGCUGCCUUAAAUGCCAUGAAGAACGUUGCUCGGCUCAUCAACGAGAGAAAGCGGCGGUUGGAGAACAUUGACAAAAUUGCUCAGUGGCAGAGUUCAAUAGAAGACUGGGAGGGUGAAGAUGUCCUAGUCAGAAGCUCAGAACUCAUCUAUUCUGGGGAAUUAACCAAAAUCUCCCAUCCUCAAGCCAAGAGCCAACAGAGGAUGUUCUUCCUCUUCGAUCACCAGCUUGUCUGCUGCAAGAAGGAUCUUCUGCGCCGGGACAUCUUGUAUUACAAAAGUCGGAUCAACAUGGAUGAUAUGGAAAUACUGGAUGUAGAGGAUGGGAAGGACAAGGACUUCAACAUCAGUGUGAAAAAUGCAUUUAAGCUGCACUGCCGAGACACUGAGGAAGUCCACUUAUUCUGUGCAAAAAAACCUGAGCAGAAACAGCGCUGGCUGAAGGCAUUUGAGAGUGAAAGGAGACAGGUUCAGCUUGACCAGGAGACUGGUUUUUCAAUCACAGAGGUGCAGAAAAAGCAGGCAAUGCUGAAUGCCAGCAAGCAGCACCAUACUGGGAAGCCUAAGGCUGUCACCCGGCCGUACUAUGACUUUCUGAUGCGUCAGAAGCAUCCCACCCUGCCUACCACUCUCCCGCAGCAGCAAGUCUUCAUGCUGGCAGAGCCCAAGCGCAAGCCCUCGAACUUCUGGCAGAACAUCAGCAGGCUGACCCCCUUCCGGAAAUAAGGGCAGCCCCGGUUUGUGCCUGAAUCCCUUCUGCGAAAGCACUUUAUCCGUCACUCCUGGGAGAUGGAGCCCAGAUUCUUCCACUCCUUUGUUUGCAGAGGAUGGCCCAUGUGCUCCUUCCUUCCCUAUUUAUUUUGCAGACCCGACUGAAUGCACUGGCUCUGAGGUGGGACACUGUGUGUGCGUGGGUGUGCAUGUGCACAUGUGUGCAUUUGUGCCAGUCCAAUCAAGCCAGCCUUGCACAGCGCCCGAGAGGCAAACUUCCAGGAAGAGAUCACAGGAGCCUGAAGUGUUUCAUCUGCAAAGAUUUUGCUUGUCAGUUGUAUUUUGAAUCAUUCCUUCCAGCUGUGACCAUUACUGCUGUCUGGCAGCUGCCAGAGAGGGGAUGGCAGCUGACACAGCUACCAGCUCCGUGUCCACUGACACGUUCAGAACAACGGUUCGGUGUUGCUGACAUGAUACACCUUUGGGGGUGGGGAUAGACCCUUCCGUUCUCCUACCACCCCCCGUCCCACCUUUCUCCUCAAGGACGUGAUCCUACAGUCCUAACUAAUCAGUUAGCCUUUGCUGGCACUCAGAGACAACAGUGAGUACUGCACUGUGACCCUUUUCUUUCCUUUAGUUCAACACGGAUGAACUAAAUAGUAUGUUAACGGUGCCAAUCAACCUACAGCAUGAGUAAAGUUCAAAAUCUCCCUAGUGGGAUUUGACUUAUGUAAGUUAGAGAAAAAUGUGCCUAAAUUAAUACCCUACUCAAUUCCUUAGAUCCUCUUCUGUCCAUCAUUCUGCCGUAUUUCCUGGCCAAUGAAAAUGCUCAUUGUUUGUAAUGUGUUUAUUUAUGGUAAAAAACAGAACUGUGUAUUUUGUAAGUCUGUAAUUGGUCCUGUCAGAUGUUGUUAACUUGAUGCCUGUUUUGUCUGUUUUUCUUUUGUUUGAUUUUUUUUAAAACAGAAAGGUCAAUAUUUGCAAACCUAGUUCCCAGAAGUCAGGGUCUGCAGUUCAGCUCUGAAAAAACUAACGAACAGCUUGAUUGUUAUUCCAACUCCUACAGCCCCUCCAUUCAAGGGGUAUUAUUACAGGUUUUUGACACCUAUAAAACAGACUUAAGGCCAUUUAUAAAAGGCUGAAAUCUGGCAUUAAGAGCCUCACUUUAGGUACCCAGGUUUCAAAACUAUGGCCAAAAGAAUUCAUUUAAACCUGGGUUAGCAAAAGGAAAGAUUUGCCUUACCAUAGUGAGAGUUAGAAGCCAUACUGACUGAAUUCCCUAGCUUAGGAGACCUCCUGGGGCGCUGGAAGGAAGCAGCCCGCUCAUUCCACCACGAGGGAAGUGCGGGCGAGCACUAACCACCUGCAACGCUCAAAGAUCCCGCGUGUGUUGAUGCUGUAGCUGACCAAAGUCUGGUCGUCCAGGGAUAUCUGAAUUCAGUAGCAUGUACAAAGUCAUUCUUGCACUAUAUCUCCCCCCAAGACCAGGGGCUACAUUUAAUUUCAUAAAGAAACUUGUAAAAGUGA